UUUUUCUCUGCGCCGUGCGCUGCGCGUACCUGAAUUUUUUUCCUCCUGUUCUUUUAUCUUUCAUUUCGCUCUUUCUUUAUCGUUAGCGCGUUGCUCGUUUCUUUCUCCGUCUCGCUUCCGCGAUCAUCUCCAGCACCCUCGGUUCUUCGUUGCCUGCAAUUCGUCCCGAAUCACUCUCUUUUCUCGGUUGCCGGGUAUCUUCUCUGUCUGUCAUCCACAGUAGUCAUCCAUUAUAGUAAAUGCAGAUACACUUUGUAGGCAAAAAGAUGGCAGAUUAUUUCAAUUUUAUAUUAAUUUGCAAAGGGUUACUUCUGUGAAACGAAAGAAGAUUAAAAAAACAAAACAGCAAAUCCCAAUCAUACUGUUAUCAUUAUUAUACGUAUAUCUGCGGCUUUUUUUCGUAAUAAUAUCAUCUAUAUUCGGCUGCAAUAGCGAGCUGGAAAAAGUAUACAUACAUAAAUAAUCGAAUACUGCUACAAGUACUACGACACGAACUAGGCAAUCGAUGAAAUGGAGCAGCGUGAUUUGCCACAGGCGUUCCGUCUUCUAGGCGAAAUGAACGCCAAUGUAACGCAGGUGAAUCAGCUUGUGGACAACAUGCUGGCAAGGGUCAAAAGUGGGGAAAUAUCGACGGACAAGGGUCUAAGUUUCCUGGAGAUGAAGUACCACAUGCUUCUCUCCUACCUCAUAAACCUCACCUACGUCGUCUUGAGGAAAUGCUCGGGUGAAAGAAUCGAGGGCGAUCCAUCAAUAGACCGUCUUGUCGAGAUAAGGACCGUACUCGAGAAAAUUCGACCCAUUGAUCAUAAGCUUAAGUAUCAGAUAGACAAGCUCGUUAAAACCGCCGUGACUGGUACCGCCAGCGGAGACGAUCCUGCUAACUUCAAGGCAAACCCUGAUGCGCUUGUGGGAAAAAUCGAGGCCUCCGAUUUGGACCCGGAUAGCGAAGACGGCGAGGAAAAAGAAAUGGUUAAAACUCAGACCAAGAAGUCCGGCGUUUAUGUGCCACCCAGAUUGGCCGCUGUUCAUUAUGAUGGGGACGAAACGACUGUGGAGAGGCAGCGCAAGGCGGAUAUGAGAGCGAAAAGGCGUGCUGUGUCAGGAGCGGUUCUCAGAGAGUUAAGAGAGGAGUAUCUGGAUGCGCCAGCAGAGGACUCGCAGAGCCUUGGAGAGAAGCAGGCAAGUCUUGGAUUCGAGAAUAAGCGUAAAAUGGAGUACGAGGAAAACUACAUGACUCGUCUUCCUGUCACUAAACAAGAGAGACACCGUCGUCGCCAGGUUACUACGCUUGGAAGUUUGGGUGACGAGAUCACUUCCUUCGGUGGACCAUCGUCCGUUGUAAAGACUGGAAAGAAAAGGAAAGCCCCUAAAGGAAAAGCCAAAAAAAGUUUCAAGAAAAAAAAGCAUUAAUUUGAAAACCUUGAAAAACACACACACACAUAAACACAAAAAAAAAAAAAAAAAAAACAAAAAAAAAACAAGCAAGCCAAACCCACAAAGCCGAGGAUCGUACAGCGGUAACUAUUGAAAUAAACAUAAAAUAAACAUUUUAAACGAAAGAAGAAGAAGAAGAAGAAGAAGAACAACGUAACAAUAAUAAUAAUGAUAAUAAUGAAAAUAAAAAUAAACUAUACAUGAAAUUUACUCUGAUAAUCCAACGACUUGAGUAACAUGCGCACUGGUUAAUUUAUAGUUUAUCAAUGU